AUGGAGGCGAUCGCUGAGAAGCACGCGGGCUUCAUCUCCCGCCUGACGAAGCUUCUCGAUCUCUUCGUCACGAUGCGCUACAUAUCUCCAUCUGAUAUCAUUCGCCCACCUCACUCUUCCGAGACCGUCGCAACUUCCAUCUUCGAGAAGAUAGGCCUGAAUUCUAAGGUCAUUCAGUUGAUUAGAUUAAUCCCUGCAAUGCGCAGCGAAAACGUCGAAGGGUGGCAGUGGUUCGGGGUCGAACUGACCCCGCGCUCAAAAGCCGUGACAUACUUCGCCGACUCCGGUGACACGGAUUUCGUCGAGGAUUUGCGGUGGGGUGAAAGGUACCAUGACGAGAAUACCAAGCUGCUGCCACCUCAUAUGCUGAGGUUGACAAGCGGUGAUACGUACAGCGGGCAUUACGGUACUGACUUGAUCUAUGAUACACAGGACCAAUCGAUAAUUGAGUGGUCUUCAGUUGGACCUGACCGCAACGAAUGGGAGAAAGCAUCUAGACGCCCAGCUGAGACCGUGCUUGAUGAGAUUAUUGCAAAGUUCCAAAGCCUGGAAUGGGUUCCGUAUUACGAUCCCCGAGAGGAUGACGAUCCUUCCCAUCCACCCGCGCGCAAGAUCUUGGAGGAUCCCAUUAUCAUGCAGAAUCUUUUUCCGGGAGGCAUUCGUCUUCCUACUGACACAACUGCCGCGAUCCAGCAUUUGAGGCAACAGAACGGCCCAGAUGGUGCUGACUGGUUGCGACGGUAUAUUAAUCGAGUAAGAGCGUGGCAAAAGAUCUACCUCGAUUGUGGAUGGGGUUCAGGGGCAUUUGACGGCGAAGCCUUCGAACUGAAGAGAGCAGAAUUCAUUGAAGCUUUAGAAGAGCUCGAUGAUUUGGAGUCGGAGGCACGCAAUCGCCCGUGGCUUAUUUCUAUCGGCGCACAGCAGGUAGUCGGAGAAGAUACUCCCACGUUGGAGCAGGUUACUCUACGGCUUGAUCAUUUCCUUGUGCAAGCUGCUGGAGAGCUCGCUGUUUGA